GUGAGGAUCGAUCUGCUUGUCCUCCAGCCCACUAGAAACAUCACGAUGCAUGCGCGGAAUUUGCGGAUAGACAAGUCUGGCAUUUCGCUUACUGGUGGAGGGGAGAGGCAGUGCCUCACCGACAUGGAUAUCGAGCUGAACGAGGUAUACGACUACUACACGCUGCACCUGUGUAGGGAUCCGGAGUUGGGGCAGACCUACCAGCUGACGAUGCACUUUGAGUCGUCGCUGAAUGCAACAGAGUCAGGCUACUACAACAGCUCCUACACGGACGCGGCAUCCCAAGAGAAACAUUACUUGGCAGUCACACAGUUCUCUCCGACGUUUGCCCGCCAGGCGUUUCCCUGCUUUGAUGAACCCCCAUGGAAGGCCACUUUUAACGUGACCCUGGGCUACCACAAACGCUACACGGGCCUCAGCAACAUGCCGAUCCUUCAGUGCCGACAGCAUGAAAGCCUCCUUGACUAUGUCUGGUGCGAGCACGAACAACUGUCGAGGACAUCCACCUACCUGGUGGCCUAUGCGGUCCACGAUCUGACCAACGCGGCCACCGUGCAGAGCGACACCAAGAACAGGGUGAUCUUCCGCAAUUGGUUGCAGCCCAAGGCGGUGGAUCAGGCCAACUUCUCCAUCGCCAUGGCCCCAAGAGUUAUCGGCUACUUUGAGGAUCUCUUUCGGCUGGACUUUUCGCUGAGAAAGAUCGACCAGCUGGCAGCGCCCACCCACAGGUUCUCGGCCAUGGAGAACUGGGGACUGGUCACCUUCAAAGAGGCCAAGUUCGUGCACAGCCCGAAUGAUCUGCAGGUGGCAAGGGAUGGCAAGGCCAAGACGUUGGCCCACGAGUAUGCGAAUCAGUGGUUUGGCAACCUCGUGACCAUGAAAUGGUGGAACGAUCUCUGGCUGAAGGAGGGCCCAUCCACGUACUUCGCCUAUCUGGCCGUGCAGCCCGAUUGGGGUUGCGGCGAGCGAUUUAUAGGCGAGGACUUGGAACGUUUCUUUCUUCAGGAUUCGGCCAGCCCGGCGCGCGCCAUUUCCCGAGAGGUGAAGGAUCCUGCGCAGAUCCUCGGGCAGUUCUCAGAGUACGUCUAUGAGAAGGGCGCCCUGAUCAUGCGCAUGCUGCACAAGAUGAUCGGCGAGGAGGCCUUCUUGCUGGCCAUUCGCUCCUAUAUCUCCGUACACUCCUUCGGGAAUGUGGAGCAGGCUCAUCUGUGGCAGUCCAUGCAGGCGGCAGCCGUGGAGGAGAAGGUGCUACCCCUGACUUCAAUCUUGGUCGAGCCAUGGACUCGUGGACGCUGCAGGGGGCUAUCCACUGGUCACCGCUGUUCGGGACUACGAAACGGGCAGCGUGAGCCUCAAUCAAACGAGAUUUUACCUGGAGAAAGGCCUGAGGGGAGGCGCCAGAGGCCAGAGGGGAGGCAACUGCUGUCUUGGCUGGAGUGUCCCACUUCUGCACACACAGUGGAACUACCCCUCAGUACAGCACGCAGUGAGUGGUUCAUUCUGAAUCCCCAGGUCAGUGUCAUCUAUCGGGUGAACUAUGACGAGCACAACUGGAGGAUGAUCAUCAGUACUCUGGCAGAUGAUUCAAGCUUUGGGGGCAUCCCCGUGUACAACAGAGUCCAGCUAAUGGAUGAUCUGAUGGCCUUGGGUGAGGGAAAACUCCUCAGCUACGACUGGGCAUUCGACCUUUUCGAGUAUCUGCAGAGGGAGGAGGAGUUCCUGCCCUGGAAGAGAAGCCUCUUAGACCGCCUUGGAACGUUAUUGAGUGGUUUACAUGGCAAAGCUCCUCACAGCGCCAUAUAG